CCAGCUUGUCCUAGAUAUAUCAGAAGAAGCUGCAGGCGGCAAUUCGAUCAAAAGAGAUCUAUCAUCAAAGCAGUGGGUUAGUUGAUCGAGUUCAUUUCUGAUGGUGCAGAAGACUGUGUUGAAGGUAGAUAUUUCAUGUGAGAAAUGCAAGAAGAAGCUCCUCAAGGCUGUCUCAGGAGUUGAAGGGAUUGAUAAAAUUGAGAUCGAUGAAGCAAAAGGGAGUUUGAGUGUAACGGGAAGUUGUGAUCCUUAUGAGAUGAUUGUGAAAGUAAAAAAGACGGGCAAAUUUAAGGAAGUGGUGAGUAUUGGGCCUCCGCCUGCUCCUCCAAAACAAGAUGCUCAAAAAAAGCCUGAAGAAAAAAAGGCGGACGGAAAGAAGGCGGAAGAAAAGAAGGUGGAGAAAAUACAUCCGUUUCCGGACUAUAUAUAUUUUCCUCCACCACCACACUAUUAUCCUCCACUAGCGCAUGUAACCCCACCACAAGAUUCCACCCCACUAUGUAAUAUAUUGUGA